UUUCCGAGGAUUCGAGCUAAGCUUCAUCUUUACAUAAAAAGCUUUCGGACUGCGGACAUUAAAUGUCACCGAGUUGAAAACAACAGCGUUUGAGUGGGUUAAAUGUGUUAGGCUUUAAAUCCUAAGGUUAGUAAGACAAAAAUAAAUGGGUUGGAUUAGAACUUAUUUAUAUAUGGACAAGCUGUUAUAGGAAGAGAGUUCAUUGUGGUGUGAUGCAGCCCAAGGCUAUAACAGAGAAAAAUGAACAAAAGCAAAAAAGUUUUCUCCUGCUCCCUGUGUCCUCUUUACUACACAUCUCAGAUUGACCUCUACAGCCAUGUCGAGAUAUGCCACUAUGAGAAGUCAGGAGAAAUUAAAUAUGAAAAAAAUAUGAUGCCAACAGGAUGCUCCAGUAGUGAGCAGAAGACUGGUGCUAAUUUACCAACUACCACCAAUCACAAACCACUGGAAGAAGAGAUUCACCAAUACCCAGUGUGUGAGAACAGUUUUACUCAACUGGUUGAUCUCAAAACACAGCAACACCUCCAUACAGGUGAGAAGCCUUACCAGUGUUUGGAGUGUGGGAGAAGUUUUAAUUGCCAAGCAAAUCUCAAUGUACAUCAGCGCAUCCACACAGGAGAGAAGCCGUAUAAAUGCCUAGAGUGUGGAAAGAGUUUUGCACAGUCGGGUCAUUUUCAACAACAUCAGCGCAUUCACACAGGAGAAAAGCCCUAUCACUGCUCACAGUGUGGGAAGAGUUUUACCCGUCAAGCGAACCUCCGAACACACCAACGUAUUCACACGGGUGAGAAUCGGCAUUGCUGCUCAGAGUGUGGAAAGAGUUUUACUUACCGAAGUAAUCUGGAAAUCCACCAGCGCGUUCACACUGGUGAGAAGCCGUAUAAUUGCGCACAAUGUGGGAAAAGUUUUGCACAAGUAGGUCAUUUUCAGCAACACCAGCGUGUUCACACUGGAGAAAAGCCGUACAACUGCUCGUAUUGCGGAAAGAGUUUUGCGCAAGUGGGUCAUCUUCAACGACAUCAGACCAUUCACACAGGAGAGAAGCCUUUUCCAUGUUCACAGUGUGGAAGGAGUUUUGCUGAAAGUGGUACUCUUAAAUCACACAUGCGCAUUCACACAGGAGAGAAGCCUUAUCAUUGCUCACAGUGUGGAAAGAGUUUUACCAAAAGUGGUACCCUGAAGGCACACACACGUAUUCAUACAGGAGAAAGACCGUUCCAAUGUUUACAGUGUGGGAAGGGUUUUUAUUGUCGGAGCCCCCUUUUAAUACAUCAGCGCAUUCAUACGGGAGAGAAACCGUUCCACUGUUUACAGUGCGAGAAGAGUUUUUAUUGCCGGAGCCGCCUCCAAAUACAUCAGCGCGUUCACACAGGAGAAAGACCGUUUCAUUGCUUACAGUGUGGAAAGAAGUUUUAUUGCCGGACUCACCUUCAAAUACACGAGCGCAUUCAUACAGGAGAGAGACCGUUUGACUGCUCACAUUGUGGGAAGAGUUUUUAUUGCCGGACCCAUCUACAAAUACAUGAGCGCAUUCAUACGGGAGAGAAGCCCCAUGUUUGCUCGCAGUGUGGAAAGAGUUUUAGUCUGGUGAGUACUCUUAAAGUACACCAGCGCAUUCACACAGGAGAGAAGCCGUAUCAUUGUCCUCAGUGUGGAAAGAGCUUUGCACAAGUGGGUCAUCUUCAACAACAUCGAUGCGUUCACACAGGAGAUAAGACGUAUCCUGGCUCACAGUGUGAAAAGAGUUUCGCACGAGUGGAUCAGCAUCAAAAAGACAAACCUGUUGACAUAGAGUUGUCGUAUCGCUGCUUACAAUGUGGUCAAUGUUUUAAUAAAAGUGGUGCCCUCGAAGCACACAUGCGCAUUCACACAGGAGAGAGACCGUAUCACUGUUUACACUGUGGAAAAAGUUUUUAUUACUGGACUUAUCUCCAAAUACAUCAGCGCAUUCACAUGGGAGAAAAGAAGUACGUCUGCUCACAGUGUGGCAAGAGUUUCAGUCUGCCGAGUACUCUCAAAGUUCACCAGCGCAUUCACACAGGGGAGAAGCCGUAUGUCUGUUCACAUUGUUGCAAGAGAUUUAGACUGCUAAGUAAUUUCCAAGUGCAUCAGCGCAUUCAUACAGGACAGAAGUUAUGUCUCUGAUUACAGUACAUGAAUAUUUUUUUCUGAAUGUAUACCUUGCUCAACAACUCGAUAAUGUAACGGUACCUGUCUUUAUUUUACACAUUUCAGUGUCUCAUAUAAAGCUUGCAGAACAAAGAAGUGCCCCGUUCACAGGUGUGCACUGAAUACCUACCUUUGUCCUGCACAACAUACUGAGUUUAUAAUUUAGUCUUUUGUUUAUAUUUUCAGGAAUAUUUUGCAGGCUGGUUCAUACACUAACUGAGCAGAAGGGCUGUUCAAGGCUGUCUGUGGAGGUAGGUAGGAUUCCUCAGAAUUCCCUCUGGAGCAAUUAGGAGUAGAAAACCUUUACAGAGACCUGCUCUAUACAGCAACCACAGGUAUCCUUGACCUGAUACUGUGCAAGUUGCUUUUAUGAGUGGGCACUGGUUUGUGAGUCCUUGCUAAGCAUUAUAUAUUAAGCUAUAAUAUCCCAAAUUCAUCUAGUUAUCACAAAAUGGUCCUGAUCAAAGUCACUCAGAUCCUUGUGCUUGAUUUUUUUUGUUUCCAACACAUCAGCGAGCACUAAUUCUUUGCUUGCUGACAAAUAUAUCCCACCCCUUUACAGGUGCCAUUUUAACAAGAUAAUCAAUGUUGGCCACUUCACCUGUUAAUGGUUUUAAAGUUAUGAUUGGUCGGCGUAUUGAGUGUCUGGGACAUGAUUUAUCCCUUCAAUUAUCACAAAUAGUUUAACUCAGAUGUUCUUGUACCUCUUCCUUUCUGCAAAUAUGCCAGUAUAAUAGUAUAUUAAAAAUGUAAAUUUACAAAUAAGUAGUUUUGGAGAUGGCCAGCACUUCGAACAAAGCAUUUGGAAGGGUUGUGUUUUUUUUUUUUUUUUUCUUUUUGAAUAUGGUCUUCUUUUUGUCCAAUUAAAUGUUCUCUAGAACCGGGAUGUUCUGUCUUAAUAUUUGUCCCACUCUAUACUGUGGCUCACUGUAGAGUCAUUGGGUCAAACCUGUCAACCUCAGGAUAAAAGGUCUUCUAGGUAGAUGUAUAGCUCUGUAAUACCUAGCCAGUAGGGCAUGACAUGUAAAUACUAGAGCUGGGGUGUCCCAUCUUAAUAGAAAGGGUCCGACCACACAACAGCCACACCUGGUUACACCUGUUAAAUCAGUUGAUCCUGGCUUUUAAUAGUUUGAGGUUUCUGCUUGUUGGAAAUGAAAACACUACUUAUUAGAAUGUGCAUGCCCUUGCCCUACUGGCUAGUUUUGUUGUUGUUGUAGAAGCAAACUACAUACAUUCUUCAAGAAAAAAAUUCUAACCCUUCUGUUUUAUUUCCUCUGUGGUCUUUGUGUAAUUUCUCUGUAUAAAAACUAAAGUCAGUCAUGAAAAGUCUGUAUUUGCAUCUCUCUCUGCAUCUAUCUGUGAUACAUGACAAUUCAGAUAUUUCCUAAUAACAAUGAAUGAUAAACUAAGAAAGAUGUAAUUAUUUUAAACAAUGGAAAUACAUUAUAUAUAAAACAACAA